CAUCGUGUUGCUGCCUCGCACCCUCGGUCUGCAUGUUUCCUUCCUGUAGCUUCCACUGCACGCCCGCCCGCCCGGCUCUUCCAUUCGUUCCCAACCCACCUCGUCUUCCCCAACUCACCUCUCCAGCUCUCCUCUCCUUUAAAAGCUCUUCCGAGCUUUCACCUCACAACACAACACGACCCCCGCUUCUUCCAAUUAAACCUUGCUUGCUCCCCUCCUUAUUGCUUAGUAAGUUAACCUGAUCGACCGAUCCUAUCCAUAUCUCCAGUGAGCCCAAGCUCGAUCGUGUCUUCAAUCCAAAGGAACUCCCGGGAACAAGACAGGCCCGGGAGAAACGAAUCGAUAGGGACUUGUCCUAAGCUAAAGAAACCGCCCGAGAGAGCUCCCUAUCCUAUCCACCCAUCGCCAUGGCGGGUCAGUGCUCUGUCCUUGCCCGUGCGCACCACCAACAGUGUCGUCGGUCACCCAGAAACUAAGAGAGCAAGGGGUGAGAGAAGAAACUCUCGCGCGCAGCAGCCGCCGCCGAACUCUUUUGGUUGUUUCUUUGGGGUAGCGAGAAUGCGGCAGCUCUCGUCGCUGCUGCAGGGGCUGGCCCGAUCGAUGGCUGGAAAAGAGAGGAAGGAGGAGGAUCCGCAGGGGACGGUGCUGCGGAUGUCGGGGACGCUGCGGGGCGAGGGCUCCGGGACCUUGGCCGCCGUGUGGUCUCGCCGCGGCGAGAAGGGCACCAACCAGGACUGCUCCGUCGUCUGGGAGGGAUUCGGAUGCCAGGAUGACACCGUCUUCUGCGGCAUCUUCGACGGCCACGGCCAGUGGGGCCACUACGUCUCCAAGGCCGUCCGGGACUCGCUGCCGUCGUCGCUGUUGUGCCGUUGGCAGGAGGCCGUCGCGCUGGCGUCGCUCAUCGACGGCGAGAAGAAGCUCGGCGACUGCCAGUUCGACCUCUGGAGGCAGUCCUACCUGGCGGCCGCCGCAGCCGUCGACGAAGAGCUCCGCCGCAGCCGCCGUCUCGACGCGGUCAACAGUGGCUCCACGGCGCUGUCGAUCGUCAAGAAGGGUAACAUGAUGGUGAUCGCGAACGUGGGCGACUCCCGAGCCGUCCUGGGGACCACGUCGGACGACGGCAGCAUCGCCGCCGUCCAGCUCACCGUCGACUUCAAACCCAACCUGCCUCAGGAGAAGGCGCGCAUCGUGCAGUGCAAGGGUCGCGUGCACUGCCACGAGGACGAGCCCGGCGUGCACCGGGUGUGGCUGCCCGACCGGGAGGCGCCGGGGCUGGCCAUGUCGCGCGCGUUCGGCGACUACUGCGUCAAGGACUACGGCGUGAUCUCGGCGCCGGAGGUGACGCAGAGGAAGAUCACCGCCCGGGACCAGUUCGUCAUCCUGGCCACCGACGGGGUUUGGGACGUGGUCACCAACGAAGAGGCGGUGCAGAUCGUGGCUGACACGCCGGAGAGGGAGAAGGCGGCGAAGCGCCUGGUCCAGUGCGCCGUCCGCGCCUGGAGGCGCAAGCGGCGGGGCUACGCCGUCGACGACUGCUCGGCGAUCUGCCUCUUCCUCCACCACUCGCCGCUAUCGUAGGCGGACAGCUUCGUCCCCGCAUUGCCGUGUGGACAAGGAAGAGAGAGAGAGACGCCCGUCCUUCUCUUGGUAGAGCGAGUGCAGACGUCGCGAUCAGAGACCGAAAGACCGCUGCAGAUCAUGAGAGCGUGCGGCAGCUCGUCGUGACCGGGACGCAUGGACGGUGGGCGAACGUAACUGCUGCCGGUGGUGGAUGACCGAAAGAUGAGGACGACAUGCUCCGACUGUCACCCCUCGACAGCUGCUGCGAUCUGAACCGUGGACCAGAAAAUAUCUGACCGAGGCAUCCUACAGUGAAUGCUGAAUGCCAUGCCCAUGAUUGAUCGCCCGGGAUCUGGGACCGGAAGGAUAGGUACGUAUGGGCGUGUAUGGCGUGCAGGUGGGAAAAGCAAUUCUCCCAUGCACGGGAGGUCCGGUGCAUGGGAGGGCCGUUGAUAUUUCUUUAAGAUUCGAUGGCAAUGCAUUGACGCUGUUUAUAGUUUGUCAGAUCUUUCUCUGACUGACCACAUGCAAGCCUAUGCUUCACCAUCGCAUGCUUUUUAUUUUAUUAUUUCCAUGUUCAAUUCUAUUUUAUCUUUUGAAUCAAAAGAAAAUAUAUGAUCAGUAUGCAUAUUUGUGUUUGUGAUGAGAA